UGCUACUCGCUAACAGCACUUGCCCCUACAGUCUGUUACAGGCUACACGGGGGAUCUUUGUUUUUGUGCAAUAUACCCACUGGGGCAAUACGGCCUUGGCAGCUAUAGCCUUUGUAACACCCGCUUCCAACGCUAUGCGAUACAUUUCCAGAACUUAACUACACUAUAAUUAGACUUUUACAGACCUUCCCCAUUGGCAAACGUCCAACACUUCAUUACAAUUAGGCUUCCCUGCCGCCCCGUAGAAGGUUGACGGAGUGGGCGUGGUGGCUAUGCGGAGUUUGUGAGUGUGUAUCUCACACACACACACUACACGACACACACACUACACGACACACACACAGUAGACUCGAGUCACUUGCCCAGAUCGUGCGCAACGCAGAUCACCUCGGCGAAGGGCAUCUGUGGGGUAUAAAACAUCCACAACUCAAAGCGCCUCGCCACUCAUUAUCAAUCAACCCCACCGCGCUCCACCAUGUGGGACAUUCUCAACACCACCUCCUUCACAACAACCACCACCACCAGCAGCACCACCAACAACUUCUGGUCACCAGCUCACGACCUCACCACCCUCCUCAACUGGUCGAGCACCGCGACUCCGGACGCUUCAUCAACAACCUCCUCCUCCUCAUCAUCCUCAUCGACGCCAUCCUCCUCCGACGCCGUGGCCACGGCGGUGAUGGCCACGGUGCUGUCGCUGCUCUGCGUCGUCGGCGUGAGCGGCAACGUCUACACCCUCCUCGUGCUGCGCCUCCUCUCGAGACGCCGGGGCAGCCGGCGCGCCUCGGGCUGCCCCGGUGGCUCGCCGUCGUCGGGCACCGCGGGCUCCGUCUACUGCUUCGUGCUCAACCUGGCGCUCGCCGACCUCGCCUACCUCUCCACGGUGCCCUUCGUGGUGUGCACCAACGUGGCUCGCACGUGGUUCUUCGGCGACGCGGGCUGCCGACUCCUCUUCGGCGUCGACUUCGUCACCAUGCACGCCAUCAUCUUCCUGCUCACGGCGAUGAGCGCCGAGCGCUACGCGGCGGUCGCGCGUCCCCUCCGCCACUACGCAGGGGGCCGCUGCGCCGCGUCGUCUCGGCGUGGCUGGGCCGUGGCGCUCCUCGUCUGGGCUCUCUCGCUGGCCGCGGCCGCGCCCAACAUGGUGAUGGUCAACCUCGGCGAGCUCAGGCUGCGCGGCGGCGGCGUGGCGCGCAUCUGCGUGCCCAGCUGGAGCCCCGGAGCGUUCCGCUGCUACAUCACCGUGCUGUUCGUGACGAGCGUCGUGGCGCCCGGUCUCAUCAUCGGCUGCCUCUACGUGCGACUCGCCGUCAAGUACUGGCGCUCGCAGACCGCCACCGCCGUCGCCUCCGUGCGCUCCCCGAGGGUUAAGGUGCUCUACAUGAUCCUCGCCAUCGUGGUCGUCUUCUGGGCCUGCUUCCUGCCCUUCUGGGCCUGGCAGCUGGCCAACCUCUACUUCCGAGACCGUCUGGGCAUCUCGCGGAAGGCCGUGUCCUACAUCAACCACGCUGUCACGUGCCUCACGUACGGCAACAGCUGCGUGAACCCCUUCCUCUACACGCUGCUCACCAAGAAGUACAAGGAGUUCCUGGCUCGCAGGAGGACUCCCCGUGGUGCGGCCGGCGCUGGCAGGGCGCUCGGAGGCUCCGGGGGCUCCACGUCGUCGCACGACGCGCCCUGCAGGAACGUCCGCAUCUCCUCACGUCGGUCGACGAUGACGAGCGCUUAGAGGAUCUCGGCUUCAGAGAGAGAGACAUCGCGAGCCAGAGAGAGAAAGAGAGGGAGACAUCGCGAGCGACAGAGAGAGACAUCGCGAGCCAGAGAGAGAGACAACUCGAGCCAGAGAGAGACAUCU